ACUCACAAAGCAACUGAAUAAAGGACAUCAGGACAGCCUGUUAGUGGGGUGGCACCUCGACCUGACUAGGGCAGCGUGGACACUAUGCACUGUACUCCAAUGCAAGGGAAAUACAGCACUGCACACAUCUUGAAAAACACUGAGCUUGGUGUGGAUAGAGGUGGACCAGGUGACUGCCUGAUGAGGCUGCACCUGUGAAAUUCCAAUCUCAGUGUUCCCAACCAUUCUCUUUUCUUUUUCCAUUUACAGUGCACAUCCUGUAGGUGGCCGGUGGUUCAGGCUGCCAGAGCACCACAGACAGGCCCCUCUGACUCUAAUCUAGAGGUGAUACUUCCCCCAAGUGCUUCUCUUCUAUGAAAUCCACAGGGAUACAGGACAGGACCAAGGAGUACCAGGGUGCUAGGCUUAGUGGCACCAGGAACACCUGAUCCUUCCAUACAGGAAGAAACUGAGGACGCUCAGUGCAACGCCCAACACAGGUUAAGACAAAGCCGAGACUCAAAAUCAGACCCCAGCUUCCGGUCCCAGCCCAUAGAUUCUUCCAUUUCCUUCUCCGGAAGUGAUAUACAGCCCCUGUUCUCCUUCGUGUCCGUUGACGGGACCCAGGCUGGGGAGGCGGAAGAAUGGGCGGGACCACGGGCGGAAGCACCCCUCCUACCGGAACCCGGAAAAACAUGGCCACACCGAGCCGGCCUAUCCGGAAACUGGUUCGAAGAAGACGGGGAUUGGCUAUCGCUUCCGGAAGUUAUGAGCUUUGUUUCGGAGCGGGAGCUCGUCCGAGACGCCCUGGGAGCCGGAUGUAGAAUCCUGCUUGUCUGUGAAAUGCAGUUAACACAUCAGCUGGACCUAUUUCCCGAAUGCAGGGUAACCCUUCUGUUAUUUAAAGAUGUAAAAAAUGCAGGUGACUUGAGAAGAAAGGCCAUGGAAGGCACCAUCGAUGGAUCACUGAUAAAUCCUACAGUGAUUGUCGAUCCAUUUCAGAUACUUGUGGCAGCAAACAAAGCAGUUCACCUCUACAAACUGGGAAAAAUGAAGACAAGAACUCUAUCUACUGAAAUUAUUUUCAACCUUUCCCCAAAUAACAAUAUUUCAGAGGCUUUGAAAAAAUUUGGUAUCUCAGCAAAUGACACUUCAAUUCUAAUUGUUUACAUUGAAGAGGGAGAAAAACAAAUAAAUCAAGAAUACCUAAUAUCUCAAGUAGAAGGUCAUCAGGUUUCUCUGAAAAACCUUCCUGAAAUAACAAAUAUUACAGAAGUCAAAAAGAUAUAUAAACUCUCUUCACAAGAAGAAAGUAUUGGGACAUUAUUGGAUGGUAUCAUUUGUAGAAUGUCAACAAAAGAUGUUUUGUGAAAUGUCAGAAAUAUUACCAAAAAUUCUCAGUAUUAAACAUUGAUUUUCCUUUCCUGAC